UCAGCUACACCAACAGGUCUCCCCCGACAGGAGCCGAAUCCCGGAGUUAUGGCUAAAGAGCAAGACCCCAAGACUUCUGAAGCAGAAAACGGUACAAUGGACUUUCCGGAAUACGAAGAUGAAGAAGAAUGGCUUUUCAAAGUUCUGGGAAUCAAGCGUAGACCUUCCUCUGAUCUGGAUGAUGCUGAUAAGCAGGAAGAUGAGCCACUGGGCCACACUGAAUUUCUUCGCCUGCAAGAUAUUCUUCAAGAGGACAAAGUCAGCAGUACCAAUGAUAGCGACACUUGCCGAGCUGCAUAUACCGAAGAAAAUGAUGAGGCCAGUCACAGUGACAGCGACGUUGACGAUAAUGUGAACGUCAUCAUUGGUGACAUUAAAGCAAACUCCUCCAUGUAUAUGUAUGUAUCUUAA